AAGACAGGGAAGUGAAGUGUCAUAGGUUCGCAAAUGGAGUGGAAGCAAACUGGCGUACAGUAGAUAAAUCAAAACAAGGCGCUCACCACCGCAGAAAUGUCGGAAGACCUUUAUGAAAAAUUCCUCGCUCCCGAGGAACCCUUUCCGUUGCUCUCACAGCGAGGAAACCUCAGCGAAGACGGCACAUUGGACGUUAGUGACUUCGGUUGUCAGCUGUCCUCUUGUCAUAGAACAGACCCUCUGCGCCGCUUCCAUAGCAACAGGUGGAACCUCACUUCCUGCGGGACCAGUGUGGCCAGCUCGGAAUGCAGCGAGGAGCUCUUCUCCUCGGUGUCGGUCGGGGACCAGGAUGACUGUUACUCCCUGCUGGAUGACCAGGAGUUCACCUCAUUCGACUUGUUCCCCGAGGGCAGCGUCUGCAGUGACGUGUCCUCCUCCAUCAGCACCUACUGGGACUGGUCAGACAGCGAGUUCGAAUGGCAGUUGCCAGGAAGUGAUGUUGCCAGUGGAAGUGAUGUGCUGUCAGAUAUCAUACCCAGCAUUCCAAGCUCCCCCUGCCUGGUGCCCAAGAGGAAGAGCAAACAGCACAGGAACCUAGACGAGCUCCCUUGGAGUGCCAUGACCAACGAUGAGCAGGUGGAAUAUAUUGAAUACCUGAGCCGGAAAGUGAGCACAGAGAUGGGGCUGCGGGAGCAGCUGGACAUUAUAAAGAUUAUCGACCCCUGCGCUCAGAUCUCCCCGACAGACAGCGAGUUCAUCAUCGAACUCAACUGCCUAACAGAUGAGAAACUAAAGCAGGUGAGGAACUACAUCCGGGAGCACGGGCCGCGGCAGCGCCCGAGCAGCACGCGGGAGAGCUGGAAGCGGAGCGGGCACAGCAGCGCCAGCACCAGCGGCGUGAGCGGCGCCGGCAGCAGCAGCAACGCCAGCAUGGUGAGCAGCGCCAGCAGCAGCGCCGGCUCCACCGCCUCCAACAUCAGCCGCGCCCACAGCGACGGCAACCUGGCGGCCAGCGCCGCCGAGCGCAUCCGGGACUCCAAGAAGCGGUCCAAGCAGCGGAAGCUGCAGCAGAAGGCCCUGCGCAAGCGGCAGCUGAAGGAGCAGCGGCAGGCGCGCAAAGAGAGGCUGAGCGGCCUCUUCCUCAACGAGGAGGUGCUGUCGCUCAAGGUGCCCAAAGAGGAGGACCACGAGGGCGACGUGGACGUCCUGAUGUGACAUGAGUGAAUGUCUCGGUGUUCCCUCUAUGCCUCCAGUCCGCCAACCCGUGGGUGUCACCUAAUUAAAAAAAAAAAAAAAAAAAAAAAAACAAUUUCCACGUGAGAUCUCUGUCUUGAUAUUUUCCAAGUGAUGAUGAACAUGGUAGUGGUCAAAUGCUUCCCCCGCACAGAGUACUGAAACUACAGCACCUUAACUUUGGAGAAAGUAAAGCGCUUAUUCACCAAAUUGGAGGUUUUCAAUUUCCUUUCUGUGCGUUACCUUAACAGCUGACACCAUACGUACCAAGCUGAGAAAAGCAUUGCGUUAUUUGAAAUCAUACGUAACAUGUAGCUCCUUUGCUGAUACCUGAAAAGCAAUCAGCUAACAUUGUGCAGAUCUAGUUUCGUCUCAUCACAUUUUGGUAUGGUGCAAUGCAACUUUAGAGGCAUAGAGGGAACACUGAAACUUCUAUCUUGUGUGUGAGGAAGCUUUGACCUUUGAAUCAAUGAUUAUAACAUUAAUGUCCAUUCAGAAUAAUAUUGAAAAUAGUUUAAUAUUCUGCCCUCUUUUUGUGUAUAUAAAAAUGGAAGAAAAAAGUUUAAUGUGUUAUCAUUGUGCGUUUCAGUAAAUUAGACUUACACAAAUGAAAGAGAUGGUUAAAACCACUCAUGGUCAUUUUAGCUUGCUGUACUAAAACAACUAUUUUCGGCAGUCUUUUCCUCUCUCCACUAGCAUGGGAUUGUGGAGGUUAUGGACCACAUGUUGAACUGUAAAAAGCAAAACUUUGAUUUUUUUACAUUGUCACAUUAAGACAUUUAUGUACAGAAUCCAAACAGUUGAAAUAUGACUAGCACUGCAUUUUCCUUUUUAAGAUGGUGUCUUUGAGUGACUGUAGUGUACUCCAUUUUCUGUUUGUGGUGGUACUGUGUCCUGUGGAAGCAUAUAUAUUCUUAUGUAAUCAACAUGCUUCGUGACAUCUGCUGUAUAUUAGCAUUAACAUAUUUACAGUCAGCAUUAAUAUGAAGUACAUUUAUGCUCCAU